AUGUCGUCCAAACGACAUUAUGUUUUACUUACAGUUCUAAAGGGAAAUCCACGACUCAAAAGUCUAUGUGAAACCCGAUGGAUUGAACGACAUGGCAGCAUUAUCAUUUUUCAGUCAUCAUUAAUAUAUAUUUUAGAAGCCUUAACUUCUAUUUCAUCAUGGCAUGAACAAGACUCUUCAUCAAAAGCUAAAACACUAUUAACUGCUUUAUCUGCUUGCGAAUUUAUAAUAUCAUUAUUUACACUUGCCUCAUUAUUAAGUGUUACAGUUAGUGUAAGUAAAAUUUUACAAAAUGUCAACUCGGAUAUAAGUAAUUCUACAGAAAUCAUACAUGAUGUCAUUGAUAACUUGGAAAAUAAAAGAACCAAUUGCUCUGAAGAAUUCAACUUAAUAUUUGAAGUAUGCAAAAAAGAAAUGAUAAAGCAUGAUAUAGAAAUAAAAAAACCUCGAAUAGUAUGUCGACAAACUGCAAGAUCAAAUUACCAAACAAGUACUAUAGGGGAUUAUUACAGGGUGUCAAUUUACAUUCCUUUACUUGACAAUGUAUUAGAUGAUCUCAAAAAUAGGUUUUUAAAUGAAAAAAACCAAGAAGUUUUGAAAUAA